UCGCGGCCACAUCGGCUGCGCCAACCGAUACGGUGUGUGUCGUUACGCGAAUCCGCGGCGAGGUGCAACAUCAUUACCAUCAUCAUCAGCAGCAUCAUCAUCAGCAGCAGCAGCAGCAGCAGCAGCAGCAGCAGCAUCAUCAUCAUCAUCAUCGUCAUCAUCAUCGUCAUCAUUAUCGUCAUCAUCAUUAUCAUCAUUAUCACCACCAUCAUCAUCAUCCUCGUUAUCACCAUCAUCAUCAUCAUCAUCAUCAUCAUCACCGUCGCGGUCGUCGGCGUCAUCGGUGGCUGUUGUCGCUGCUACGCGACUAUCACGACGACGGUUGCUGAGGAGGCGGUUGCUGUCAAGAAGCAGGACAAGUACGAGCGGACGAGCAUACUCGCGAAUCGGACAGCGAAUCGUUGCGGCAGAGGCCGAGAGCCGGUGCUACAUCUAAACAUGGAGUUGACACGAUUGCCUUCGAUACCGUUGGCUUUGGCUUUGGCCCUGGCCUUUCUUUCGACGGCGCGCCGCUGCGUCGACGCCUCGGAAAGUAUAAUAGGAAGCCGAGAGACCUGCGACAUCGAGGGCGAGGAAUUCACCGUCGACAAGAUACCGAAUAUGAAGUGCUUCAACUGCAUUUGUAAGAACGGAUUCGUGGAAUGUGUGAAGCAUCAGUGCCCGAGCAUCGAAGGCUGCUACACGUUGCUGGAUAGGCUCGACAACGAGUGCUGCCAGAGGUGCACAGGAUGCACGCAGGACGGCGUCUAUCACGAAUCCGACACCGAGUGGAUGGACAGGAAGGAUCCGUGCCGAAUAUUCACCUGCAAAUCGGGCAUCAUCACCGAAUCGAAGCUACGCUGUUACACACCUUGCUCAAAUCCGACGCCAGCCGCACCUGGCCAAUGCUGCCCGGUCUGCGCAGGGUGCCUGGUGAACGGGCAGAAAGUCACAGCGGAUAGAUCGGUCACGACGACGGAAGACCCCUGUGUAACUUGCAGGUGCAACAAAGGAAAGCUCACCUGUGCGAAGCAAGCGUGCCCGACGCUCAAUUGUCCCACGUCGAAGAUCGCUCAACUGCCUGGCGAAUGUUGCCCGCAUUGCCGAGGUAGCAGAAGAUUCCUACCACCUCCGAAAGGCGCGUGCAUGCUCGGCACGACGCUGUACCCUUCGGGAAAACCGUUCUACGCGGAUCAUUGCACAGCGUGCACCUGCAUGAACUCGACGGUCUCAUGCGUCAAGGAGACUUGCCCGGUGCUGGAGUGCCCCAGGGAGUACCAGACACCCGGGCGCUGUUGCCCGCAAUGCCCGCUCAUCGAGGAGAUCAAAACCUCCUGCGUUUACAACGGAAUAGUUCGCGAGGCGAGUAUCAAUAGCGCGCAAAGGAA